AUGCCACCCAAAGGUUGCACGAGGGCUGGGAUACUGCCAGGUUGCCCAGGUCUAUGUAGGGGAAGUCGAGAGGCAAAGGUGGGGUUCGAACCCCGGACUUUCGGGUCGCAUGUGCUUCACUGCCGUACUGGUACGAGGGGUGGGCAACUGCCAGAACGCCCACAUCUAGACAGGAGGACGAUUAGAGUCUUCAACCAAAGCCUUUGGCUCAUCAGCCUAACCGCAAGGCAGUGGUGUUUGGCGGGAAAUACAGAUUACCAGAUUACCAUUUCUACGGAGCAAGUUGCCACAUGUUCCAACCCCCAACCUGCAGGACCAGGAGACUGUGUUCGCCAGACCUCUAACCAUUGA